AACUAACAAUGUAUUGUCAAAAAGAGGAAGCUGGGAAAUAUUACGUUUCCGUGACAUCAUGAUUAUCAUCAGCUGUCUUUCAACCAUCAUUGGUACAUGUCUCAAGUUGCGAUAUGAUGUUGGGGAGCUGUCCACAUCCGAGGAUUUGGAUAUGUGCGCAAUCUUACUGGGUAUUGGAUGUAUGCUGCUGUGGAUAUUAGCUCUCCACUACUUAGCCUUUGAGAAGGUGUUCAGUCUGCUGUUCCUCGUGUUAGACCGGUCUGCUUUGCCUGUUUUGCGCUUCCUCUUGUGUAUUUUUGUCGUAUACAUGGGAUUCGUAUUGUGUGGAUGGGCAGUGCUGGGGCCUUAUAAUGUGAAGUUCCUGUCAUUCACCGCCACGUUCCAGUGUCUUCUCGCGCUCAUGAACGGUGACGAGGUGUACGUGACCAUGGCUGCUGCAGACGGAGGGAGCCAAUUGGCCUACUGGUUCAACUCGAUAUUUGUCACCCUCUUCCUCUUCCUGUUUGCAAUACUCGCGCUGAACAUGUUCAUCGCUAUAUAUAACACUACGUACGAGAAAAUCAGGGAGGACAAAGAAGAAGAAAAGAGCGACCUGAUGACAUUCAUUGGCGGCUGGACGGCCGCACUGUAUACACUGGAUUUAAAUGAGUGCUGUACAGAUAAUAGUACAGGCUGCUCCGGUAUUCUGUGUUGUAAACCGAACGCUUAAAGGGGCAAUUGGAGUGUGGUGAGAUGAUGCCUCUUUUCAUUUCAACGGACAAACCGCCUG